CAAAAGUGUAGUCCACACAGUGUACGGAGUAGCAUGCCAAUCCUGCCACCUCAGCUGCUUCUAUCUACAGCUCGGUCAUUCUCCACGCCCGUCUUCCCAUGAUCUCCCAAGCACCUAUCUAUCACUUACGAUACCCAUUACGAACGCCCGACCUGACAAUAUAUGCGCUUAUCGCCACGAGUUUCGGUAGGCCUGACGUGAAAAGAGGGAGAGAGAGAAAAAGAGCGAGAGAGAGACGGUUCCUCUUCUGAAUUAGCGUCUCGUCGUGUCUGAAACCACGACAAAUUGGGUGCCAUGGCUCAAGACGCCCUGGACAAGUUGCGGGAUCUGGCAGACGGCCAAAUUGACUUUGAGGGACAGAAACUAGCAGAAUUGCUCUCCACGCUGCUUCUAUCAGUGUUCGCAGUUCUCUCCUUUAUGGUCGGGUUCACGCUGCAAGAUAUCAAACUGGCGGUAUACAUUGGCUUAGUGGGCACCUGCCUGACUUUCCUCGUCGUCGUUCCACCUUGGCCUUUCUUCACCCGACACCCUAUCAAGUGGCUGGAUGCAUAUGCCAGCAGAUCACUCGUCGCGAUAGAAACAACCACAGAAUAAAGCUGCCGUCAACCGAGCAUUCUUAUUUGGCCACGCGCCUUCUGGCUUUCGUCGCGGCUAUUUCCAGGCUUUAGCUACGUAAUUACUAGUCGCAGGGUUCCAUGUCUCCAUGCUCGUCCAGGUAUACUACUAGCCUCCCAUGAUCUGGCGUAUCUAUUGCACAUUACCCUUCUGCGAGCACCGCUAGCCUAAUCCUGAAUGGCUCCUAAGGCUUGGACGCCCAAGUCGAAAAGUAGCAGGGUCCGCAUUUCACUCAACGACCAUACUUCUGAAAUUCCCAGUCUCGGUUGUCCAAAGGACACACUUGUCGGGUCUUAA